UGGCUAUGUAAGCUUUGAGCCUAGCCAGAGGCCGUUGGUAGGGAGGAGUGAUAUGCACUGAGCAGCAGCAGCGGCAGCGGCAGCUCGAGCAAACCUGCAUUGCACUCCAUCAAGAAUUCAGGAUGAAUCACGGGCAGCAGCAGGCGUACCACCUGAGCAACACGGUGAUCGGCUACCUCAACCUGCUCACGCUGCUCGCCUCCAUCCCCAUCAUCGGCGCCGGCCUCUGGCUGGCGCACGCCGCCUCCGCUGCCCCGGGCCCCACGUGCCAGUCCGCGCUGCAGGCCCCGCUCCUCGCCGUCGGCUUCGUGGCCUUCCUAGUCUCGCUCCCGGGCUUCGUCGGCGCGCGCUACCACGUCUCCUGGGCGCUCUGGCUCUACCUGGUCGCCGUCCUCCUCCUCGUGCUCUUCCUCCUCGGCGCCACCGUGUUCGGCCUCGCCGUCACGGCGGGCGGCGGGGGGCGGACGGUCCCCGGGAGGCCGUACCGCGAGUACCGGAUGCGGGACUACUCGCCGUGGCUGCGGGGCCACGUGUCCGCCGACCGCUACUGGCGCACGGCGCUGGCGUGCGUGGCCAGCUCCAGGGCGUGCCCCAAGGUGGCCGGAUGGACGCCCGACGACUACAUGCGCCGCGACCUCACGCCCGUCCAGUCCGGAUGCUGCAAGCCGCCCACGUCCUGCGUCUACGGCGGCGACGGGCUGACGGGGCAGGGCCCGGCGGUGGUGGCGGUGCAGGACGAGGACUGCUUCCGGUGGCAGAACGACCCGGCGGUGCUCUGCUACGGCUGCGACUCGUGCAGGGCCGGCGUGAUGGAGCAGCUGCGCCGCCACUGGCACAACGUCACCAUCGUCAACGCCGUGCUGCUGCUGCUGCUCAUCGCCGUCUGCUCCUGCGGCUGCUGCGCCUUCCGCAACGCCCGACGCGCCGAGUACGCCUACGGCGGCCGCAUGUCCAAGAUCCACCCGCGAUGGGAUUACUUCUGGUCAAGGUGGUGGCGUGGCCACAGAGAACAAAUCUAUUGACUCAAGCCUCCUUGGUUCACAUGGUCUGGUGGUUCCCACGGAAAGGGGGGCUUAAUUAUUGGUUUGGAAUUUGUAUGAACAAAUAAUUUCCAAGCGUUUUUAGUCUAAACUAGAGUCAUUAGACAGAUAAGAGUUUGCUCCACAUGUAUGUACCGCGUAUCAAGUAAAGUACGUGAUUUUUUACAUUUUCUCCCAUUGUGAUUAUGUGUGUCGUCGUGUAUUCUGUUAUUAUUGCUCAUCUACAAAAAUUCAAGCUGACAAUGGAGAUUACCCAGACGGGUAUUGGACUCUCA